AAGGUUGAAAUACCGGAGUUCCGGUGUAAUUGUCGCGUGGCUCUACUCCUCAUGAUUUCAUGGGGUUUUUACAUGUUCAGACUUAACAACAGGCUCGUGUCGAUGGCGGAGAGUUAAAGUCUGGUGAAUAGAUGGCUGCUUGUGUGCUCUGUCGACCAGUGCGGAGGCUAUGCUACCUCCCAGGCUUGAGAAAAGAUUUUAUCCAGGCUCAGCACGUGUCUGUCAAACGAGUGGAUGAGACUGAUGAUCAGGGGGGGAAGAAAGGAGUAUUUCAACACCAGGAGGCAUCUCUUCCAGAAGAAUACAGGCUGCAUUACAACCCUAGCUCAUAUCAUCACUCUUUGUGGAACAAAGCAAUCUCCCAGAGCCAAACAGAUAAUGACGAGGACAAGUGUCUCUCCACACUUGCACCUUCCUUUUGGAAACAGAACAGUCGCUUCAGUGCUAGUUGCUUGCGACAUCUCUCCAGCUCAAAAAACACACAUCUUGACUUGGCUUUCAGCAAAGGCCCCAAACGUGAGAUGCCAUCAGAUUCACCGUACCACAGAAAACCCAUAGAGCCAGAUGUUCCGGUAGAUACACGUGCUUUCCUCAAAUGCCGGCCAGAGUAUGCCUCCAAGUCCCUUAACCUCACCAACCGACCUUGCUCAAUCGAGUGGUUAGAGGCCUGGUUGCUGCUCCAAAAAGUGUCUGUUUUAAAGGGCAGUAUGAAACCAUCUGAUGUGUCGCAGUUUCUCAUGGAGCUCAGCUGCUUACACCCAGACAAAAUCUCAUUACUGAAAAGUGAUCAGCGCUUCACCAUGCUCCUCCGAUAUUCUGUGGAAAACCUUCGCCUCUUUACUACAGUUCAACUGCUGGAUGUCAUGCAGUCGUUUGUGUGGCUGGAAAUACCCCCUUCCCACUCUGUACUCGGGUUGUAUGAGGCUGAGCUGUGCCGCAGGGCUGAUGAGAUGAGUUUGCACCAGUUGUUGUUAGCUGCUGACUUAUGGCGCUGUAUGAGGAGGCAAGUCCCAGAGUUCUUACAGCACCUCUUUAAUUCAAUCCCUCUGUACCUUGGACAGAUGGGGGUCCCUGAGUUGGUGCAACUGUUGUAUAUAGUGGGAGAGGGUAGGCAGUUCCCAAAAGACUUGAUCCGUCCUGUAAAGAAGCUCCUCAUGUGUAAUUUACAGCAACUGUACCCUGAGGAGGUUGGUACAAUAUGCUUGGGGCUUUUUAAAUCCCAAACUUCAAUAUCUGAAGGUGCAGUGAUUCAUAUUGUUGAUAAGGCACACUCUUUUGUGGAGGAGAUGAGUGACUUUGCCAUGGUGAAUGUGCUUAAAUACAUGCGUUUCAGAUACUUGUACCACAGGGACUGGCUGGAGGCCAUGGCAGUGGAAGUUCCUCGACGGGCCCAAAGUAUGGGUAUCAAAGGACUUAUGCAUGUGGCCCUGACCUGUUCAGCACUGCAUUACUACAAUGAUAAAAUCCUAAUUGCAAUUGCUGAGAGAGUUCCAUCGCUGGUGCCAUACUGCAGGGUUAAAGACUCAUGCAAACUACUGUGGGCCUUUGGCACAUUAAUGUUUCUCCCAGUUCAGAGCCCAAACUUAUAUUCGAGCCUGACAGACUCCUUGAGACAGAGGAAAGUUGAAUUCGGGCGAUACCCAGAGCAGCUACUUACUGGUCUUCUCGGCCUGGCCUUUGUCUCUCAGUUCCCAGAGGACCUAAUUGCAUUAGCUUUGAGUCCUGAAUUUGUCAACAUAGCACUGAACUUCACACAGCUGGAACUGAAAAAAGACUUGUUCACUUUAGAAAGAGCUGUGGCUCUGGAACUGCCUCAGUGGACUGGCCCAUGGCUAAGCAGUGAACUGAGAGAGGAGGUGACAGAAAUGCUGUGGAAGUUUGCGCAAUCAGACGUGUGCCAGAAACCAGAGAUUCAGGAAGCAGAAUCCAUUCUGCAAGAUAUGCUUGGAGGAGAAAUGUUUGUACAUAAGAGGAUGAUUCUGCCCCACACUCGUUCCGUCGACCUCGAAGUACAUCUUGACUCAAAAGGAAAGCCUAUAGCCCUGAACCCAGCAUCUAACACAGCCACAUUAUCUCCAAAGAACAGUUCAUCCAGAAGUCCUUCUCAUCGGAAGAGAAGGAUUGUACAAGUAAAUAUAAGUGAUGAUCUUUUCUCACAGCUAAUACCAACCAAAAACACCACAGAGCCUUUAACCUCAUCUCCUAAGGUUAAGCCUACGUCUCUUCACAAAGUAGAGCGUGAUUGGUGGAGACUGUCUGAGACAGGGGUAGACCUGACCACUGAAAUUACAGACGCUCUUAUCAAACCCAGUGUCUUGCAAUCAAAACCCCAGGUCUCGAAAGGCAUUGUCAAACUUGCUAUCCAGGUAUCCAGCAGGAACCACUACUGCUGCAAUUCACAGCAGUUAUUGGGUCUUCAUGCGAUGAAGAGGAGGCAUUUGAAGUUGGCAGGCUACAGGGUUGUAGAGGUUAGCCAUCAGGAGUGGUUUCCCAUGCUACGGAAAAGCAGGGCUGAGAAGCAUGCAUACCUGCGCGACAAAGUUUACAAGAGUCUGGAAUGAUUCUCCGACCUCCAGGAGCCUGAAUAAAUCACAACAAACUCAGACUGCAAUUCAAAAUGGCUUGGCACUUUUGUUUUUGGGCAAACUUUAGUUUUAAAUAUGUAUGUGCACAGAAAAAGGGUCUGUUAAGGCAUUGGACAGAUGUUUGUUUAUCCACACCCACAAUGGAUUUCUUGUACAAAGUACAUUUCUUAAUGAUAUUUUUGUGAAAAUAACUCAAAUAAAAAGAACUCCUUACUA